GUGAGGUGGCGUGAGGCGAAGCGGGAAUCUGGCUCUGUGACUGGGGCUGGUGCUUCACGGGUUUGUGUCCUAGACAGGCGAGUGGAUCCCAGUGGGCGAGAGACAUUUUAAUCUGGAAGAGUCUUGUGAUGGGGCAGACAGUGAAGAAGAAGUAAAAUAUUCACAAGAUGAAGAUUUUUCCAGAAGGGACUUGGAAUCAAAGAUGGCUUUUUAUAUUUGACAAGAUUCAAAAUCUAGUGCGUUAGACUUGUGAACUAGCUGUUCCUUCAAGCUGGAAAACUUUUCCAUCUCAUAUUCACAUGGCCAAUUUCACUACUCAAAUGCCACCUUCUCAGUCUUGUCAUCUGUAAUGAAGAUCAUUGUGAAACAGAAGAUUGAUUAAAGCCUUGUAACAUUGGACCUAGAUUAGAGAUUUAGAAAAGAAAGUCAAAAUUAGUCACUUUGGUGUUAGUGUUCCCAUUUCAUAAUAUUUAUUCUUUCUUCUAAAUAGAUUUAGGGAGUAGAAAUUAAAAUUCAAUGCUAUACCAAAGGAUAUACUAAUAUUUGUUCGGCUUUUUUUCCCUUUUUGUGAGGGAGAAAGAAGUAGAUAACGAAAAGCUAUAGUCAUUCAUAAUGAAAUAUACUAAACAGAAUUUUAUGAUGUCAGUUCUUGGCAUUAUAAUCUACAUAACUGAUUUAAUUGUGGACAUAUGGGUAUCUGUCAGAUUUUUCCAUGAAGGACAGUAUGUUUUUAGUGUUUUAGCAUUAAGCUUUAUGCUUUUUGGAACACUUGUGGUUCAGUGUUUCAGUUAUUCUUGGUUCAAGGCUGAUUUAAAGAAAGCAGGCCAAGAAAGUCAGCAUUGUUUUCUUCUACUUCAUUGCUUGCAAGGAGGAAUUUUUACAAGGUAUUGGUUUGCCUUGAAAAGGGGUUACCAUGCAGCUUUUACGUAUGACGGCAAUACUACUAACUUCAUGGAAGAACAAAUCGAUCUACAUAAAGAAGUUAUAGAUAGAGUGACUGAUUUGAGCAUGCUCAGACUAUUUGAGACCUACCUGGAAGGCUGCCCACAACUUAUUCUUCAACUCUACAUUCUUCUGGAGCAUGGACAAGCGAAUUUCAGUCAGUAUGCGGCUACCAUGGUCUCUUGCUGUGCUAUUUCUUGGUCAACUGUUGAUUAUCAAGUAGCUUUAAGAAAAUCCUUACCUGACAAAAAGCUUCUUAAUGGAUUAUGUCCCAAAAUCACAUAUCUCUUUUACAAGUUUUUUACAUUAUUAUCGUGGAUGCUGAGUGUUGUACUUCUACUAUUCUUAAAUGUUAAGAUUGCUUUAUUUAUGUUGUUAUUUCUUUGGUUGUUAGGUGUAAUAUGGGCAUUUAAAAAGAACACCCAGUUUUGUACUUCUGUAAGUAUGGAAUUCUUAUAUAGGAUUGUUGUUGGAUUCAUUCUUAUCUUUACGUUUUUUAAUAUUAAGGGACAGAAUACCAAGUGUCCAAUGUCUUGUUAUUAUAUUGUUAGGGUACUGGGCACUUUGGGCAUAUUGAUUGUAUUCUGGGUUUGCCCUCUCACUAUUUUUAAUUCAGACUAUUUUAUACCUAUCAGUAUCACUAUAGUUCUUACUCUUCUUCUUGGAAUUCUUUUUCUUAUUGUUUAUUAUGGGACUUUUCACCCCAACAGAAGUGAAGAAACAAAAUGUGAUGAAAUUGAUGGAAAACCAGUUCUAAGAGAAUGUAGAAUGAGAUAUUUCCUAAUGGAAUAAGCUAUUCAUUUAUGAUAUAUAUUUUCUUAUAUUUUAUUUCAUUGGUUAGUAAAGAAAAUGUGUAUUA